AUGCUUGGUUCUCGAACCCUCGAGGUGCUCCAGGAGUGCUUGCGACAAGAGUCCCCACAGCCAGAGAAGCUUUUGAAGGGCCUACUGCAGAAGGUUUUAUCUGAUGGCUUGCAGGGUGAUCGGCACGACAAAGUGAGCCCAACAAGCUCAGUGUUUAAAGAUCAAGAAGAGCUGAGGAUGUUCCUCCAACAGGUUUUAUCUGAUGGCUUGCAGGGUGAUCGGCACGACAAAGUGAGCCCUACAAGCUCAGUGUUUAAAGAGAAGUUCGGCACGGAAGCCCGAGGAGGAAUUAUCUGUGAGGAAGAAGGACAUAAGGAAGAAGAGGAUGAGGGGGCAGCCAGUUCUGCACCUGUGGAACAAUCACCUCCAGAAAGUCGUGCAAGAGUGACAUUUGCAAGUCUACGUGAGAAGUAUUUGGAACACUCAGGCUUAUUUGUUGUUGCUAUGUCGUUCAUAUCGUUGUUCAUGACCACUUAUAGACACAGACGUCGGCUUGAACAAUCUUUGGAAGAUUUAGACCGUCUAGACAAUCCUGCAGAUCGACGAAGUACUGACAUGGAUGUUUUUGCUGCAGCAAUGGUUUUUGCUGUGUUAUGCGCUUAUUUGAUGAACAAGCAGAGUGACUCAAGCAGGGAACCGUCAACACUUUGGGAAAGACUCAAGAAGAGCUGA